GCAAAGAAUUCAGCAGGUCUAAUAGGGUUUAUACCUGAGAACUAUAUAGUGUUUGUUGAUGAGAAUAACAGUGCAGUACAACAUGAAGAUGUAGUAGACACUCAGUAUACUGAGGGUGAAGCACAUACUAGUAUGGAGGAGCCAGAGAUUAGCUCCCCUCCUCCCCCAAUGACCCCUGUGACCCCUACUAGCCCUACUUCCAUCCCUACAAUAGAAGAACCUGAGGAGUGCAAUUUCCCUCCACCUCCUCCAGACACACAGGAAGUGACAUCAUAUUCAUCAGGUGACAUUGAAGUGCAGCAGACGACAAGUUCAAUGGAGAAUAUGCAUCUUCCUCUUGAUGAUGCCUGCUAUGUUCGUGCAUUAUACGAUUAUGAAGGGACGUCACAGGAAGAACUAUGUUUUGCUGAGGGCACAAUUAUCAGGAUUAUCCGAAAAGAUGAAAAUGGUAUUGAUGAUGGAUUCUGGGAAGGGGAGGUAAAUGGUGUUGUUGGAGUAUUUCCCUCCCUUGUUGUAGAAGAACUGUCGACUGCUGGAACAGCUCAUGAUUUCCCCUCCCCUCUGCAGUCCCCUCCAGACUACAUGCCCCCACCCCCUGUCAUGAUCACUGCAGCAACACCAGAGUCAGAACAUCCACCUCUGUCACCACUGACACCAACAACACCCAUUGCAAACGGAACAGUUCAUGCACAAACAGAAGAAAAUGAAUCUACAUCUCUUGAGCAGCACCGUAAGAAAGUGAGAUUUGGGAAGAAAAAUUACUACAAUGGUUACCAUGGCAACCGUUACAACAGUGAAGCAUUCUACAAUCAACAUGACAUGAUUGUCGAUGAAUACGACUCUAGAUUUGAUGAUGACGCAGAGGAAUCCUUUGUCUGACAUGUCUGUUUCCAUGGAAAUAUUCUCAACAAAUUUAUAAAUAUAAAAAUAGCUGUGAUCCAAAGAGCAAACCAUCAUGACACAGUGAAAUGUGUGCAAUGUGAGAAGUCCCCAUUUUAAUGCUAGGUUUCAUAAUUUUAUGCACUAUUUCAAAGUAUUUACUCUUUAAAUAUUUGAAGACGUGUUUAGGAAACCAACUAAGGAAACCAGAUAAAAGUUAUUCCUAAUAUUAUUGCCAAGCUGUUGUUGCAGAGGAAAAAUUAUCAGUGUGGUUUUUAGUCACUUUUGAGGCAUUCUUGGUAUAAAUAUACUCAUUUAUAUUUCGAGUGUUGACUGCAAAACUGAAGUAACUUACAUGAAAUUAUGAAAUAAAGAAGACCUUAGCUUAUAACAGUCUUGCGGUCAACCCUUAAAAAUGUUAAUGUCUGAGGUAGCAUUAAGUUGGUUUAACACUGAUAUUUGGGACAGUUUUAAUUACUUAGAUGUAAAUUUUUAGUUUGGACAUAAAAGUCAUUUCUUACAUGUAGAUUCUUUUUAGAAUACUUGAGUCCUUAGAUUUAUUCUUAGACAAUCAUUUUAGAUCAUCUGGGGCUUUUUGACAGUGUUUGAUUUUAGUGUUUAGUCAUUGUUUACCUUAUCAAGCUUUACCAGGUAUCUUUUAAUGCGAGGCAUAAUAUAUUAAUGGUGACCAAGGUUUAUGUUUAUGAGGGACCAUAAUAUUACAGGUUUGAUUGAUUGAUAAUUUUGUGAUCAAAAUGUAUAUUGCCUAAGUUAAAUUAGUGACCAAAUUUAUAUUGCAUAAGUUAAAUUAGUGACCAAAUGUAUAUAUAAGUUGGGUUAAUGACCAAAAUGUAUAUUGCAUAAGUUAAAUUAGUGACCAAAUUUAUAUUGCAUAAUGUAAUGCAUAAAUUUUUAACAUGUUAUUUUUGCCCAAUUAAGGGUUAAGUUUUGUGUUAGUGUUAAGGAACAGGGCUCAUUGUAGAAAUAAGUCAUAGGAAAGAAAAUAGCUGAUGUAACUUAUAAGAUGUAAGAUUAAGUUACUCUCAACCAUGAUUAUGAAAAAUCAUUUAAAAUAAUAUGGACAUUAGUUUUUCAUUUGGCAAAAAGCAUUUCCAUGAUAGGUAAAACCAAGUUUUUUAUUUGAUUGUAAGUUACUCUUGCACUUAAUGUUUAUACACGUAGUUUCUCAAAUAUUCUAUUUGAAAUAUCAUUGCCCCCCUUGAAUAUGAGCUUUUAUUAUCUGUUUGGAAGAAAUCCAUUGGCUUUAAAUGAUAAUUGUUGAUGCUGGGGAAUCAUAUUUUUGCAACUUAAGGUUCUCAGAAAUAUCAAUGAUUGGUUAUAAUAUAUGAUGAAAUGAGAUAGCAUAUGAAAUGAGAUAACAAUUUAUGAAAAUAUGAUAACAUUUUAAAUUUGUUAUCAUAUGAAUGAGAUAGCUAUGAAAUAAGAUAUCAUAUGAAGUGAGAUAGCUAGUGAAAUGAGAUAAUGUAUGAAAUGAGAUAGUGUUUGAAAUGAGAUAACAUAAUUAUUUAUGAUGAAAUGAAAUUGCUAUGAAAUAAGAUGACAUAUAACAUAAGAUAGCAUAUGAAAUGAGAUAGCUAUGAAAUGAGUUAGCAUAUGAAAUGAGUUAGCUAUGAAUGAGUUAGCAUAUGAAAUGAGUUAGCUAUGAAAUGAGUUAGCAUAUGAAAUGAGAUAGCUAUGAAAUGAGUUAGCAUAUGAAAUGAGAUAGCUAUGAAAUGUGUUAGCAAAUUAAAUGAGAUAACUAUGAAAUGAGUUAGCAUAUGAAAUGAGAUAGAUAAUGAAAUGAGUUAGCAUAUGAAAUGAGAUAGCUAUGAAAUGAGAUAGCUAUGAAAUGAGUUAGCCUAUGAAAUGAGAUAGCUAUGAAAUGAGAUAGUUGUGAACUAAGAUAGCAUGUACGUAAAAGUAUCCUAUCUUAAAAAGUGAUUGAGUGAAAUAAGCAUACAGAUUAGGUCAAAUAUAAAUUUCAUUGACUUUUCAAAUUUUAUUUAACCAUGGAGAUAUUCUUAAAUACAUUUACUGAUGUUGAUAUUGUAACUAGCAGGAACAUAAAGAAUGCUGGAAACAAAAAAAUAACAGACUUUGCCACCAGUGUAGAGCAAGGCCAACUUUCACAUUCAUACAAUCAUGAUCUGGUUUAAUACUGCUAUGUGAUUAAUUAGUGACAUUUUGAUAUCAAAAUCCCUAAACCUAUUAGUCUGAUCUGACAGUUUCAAAGUCAAGUCUAUAACUCAAGUCAAGUUAUCAAUGUUAAGGUUAAAGCAAUCAAAUUUUAAGCUUUUUAUAUAAUAUUAUGUCUUGCUUUGUAAAACCAUUAAGCUAUUUAGCUUGUUGUUGUUGUUUUGUUGUAUUUAUUUAUUUUACAAUAUAGAUCUUACUAUAGUGACAACUAUGAAUGUAAAUAGUUCAUGAGACUCAAAAUCAGUGUAUUUAUAGUUUUAGUGUAAAUUGUACAUGUAUAAUUGUGUAUUCAUAGCGCUGUGGUCAGUUAUAUGACCAUAAAAUGAAUAGAUUUCAUUUUUUAUUGUAAUUAUAUAUUAUAUAGUUAUAUGUGUAUAUACAUGUAUAAUAUGUGUGCUGAUGUGUUGAAGAUAUAUAUACUGCACUGAAUAAGGGAUUUGCAUUAGUAUUAAUCCAUUACCAAUGUAUAAUAUUUACUGCAUUUGAUGUCAUGACUGCCAAAAACCAUUAAUUCUGAUCCAGCUUUGUCAAAUUAUCAUUUACUGUAAAACAUGUUGUGAAUUCAACAUAACAACAUGUUGUGAAUUCAACAUAACAUUGUUUUGUGAAUUCAACAUAACAUUAUGUUGUAAAUUUAACAUAACAAAAUGUUCUGUGUUCAAUACCACAUGUUGUGAAUUAAACAUAAUAUUUUGUGAGUUCAACAUAACAACAUGUUGUGAAUUAAACAUAACAAUAUGUUGUGAAUUCUAAAUACCAACAUGUGAAUUCAACAGAAUUCUUUCAUGACACUGUUGAUUCUCAUGUCAUUUCAUCUAAGGUUAAAUUGACUUUCUAGGUGUCAAGGUCAAACAUUUUGUAUCUCCCAUUUGUCAUGGUAUUAUUUCAAAACACACUUUAUUGAAGUGUACAAUAAUGAUAGGAAGUAUGUCAAACCAAAGAAAAUAAAUAUUUAAGUAACAAAGUAGUUUGAUAAACAGUGGUUGUCAUUUAAACUGGAUUAUUUAAACUUUAUGGUUUUUAAUUCUUGAGAAAUUGUGUGCUAUUUAAAUUGCUUUAGCUGAAGAGGUAUAAUUUUAUGAACCUCUUCUCUACAGGACAUUAUUGUUAAGAAGUUGAAAAUCACUUGAGAAGGAUUUCUAAAUCUAGAAACAUCUUGUGCUUUUAUUAUUAUAUCAAAUACUGUAUAAUAUAUACUUACUAAAUUUAAAUUUAAUACAGGUAUUGACCUUAAAAGUUGGAAAUAUGAAAUAGAUUGACCUCACACUAUAAUUUUUAUAAUUCAUCUAAAUAGGUGGUAAAAUAAGUAGUCUAAUAUACAUGUAUUGUAGGUAACUAUAGUAAUAAUCAUAGUUUUUAAUUAGGUUAUAGAACAGUUGUUUAGGAAAGUGCUAAUCAAAUAGUCUAGAUGAUAUUUCUUAUGGUCAUUAUUUCAAUAAAAAAGCUAGUCUAUUGGUCCUGAAUGGAUCUGUGUCUGUUUUGGUUACUUGUUCUUUCCUUACUUAAUUGACUGUAAUUAUAAAUUCAGUGUUAUUAUUUGUAUACUAUAUGUAUUUUAGAGUAUAAAGCUAUAUCUUAAGAAUUAUUUCUAUAAAAUUUAGAAAAGGAUAGAUUUAUGUUGUUUCCACAAAUAUUGUUGUUGAUUCUUGAACAAGUUCAACAUAGAAUGUUUCUGUAGCACACUUGCAAAAUGUGCAUAAACAGAAUAAAACUUUAUGGAAUAUGAUAUAUUGCUGCUAUUUUAAUUAGGUUUUAAACCAUCUAGCAAUAAUUUUUUUUGGACUGGCCAUUCUGACUCAGAUGGAAAUAAACUUACAAACUUCUUCAGUAAAUAAUCGGGGUUAUGCAGAUGGGGCCUCAAAAAAUAUCUUCAAAUCAGGCAUUUUGAAAUUAUUGUUUUUCAAAAUGGAACCGAACAUUUUUUUGAGAUAUAGCUUUUUACACUUUAAAUAAGUUUUGUGCUAAAAUCUCAACCAUGUAAUCAUGCCAUACGAAUCUCUAGUCAUUACAUAU